AUGCACCCCGAGCUCGUGGAGGCGAUGCUGAGGCACCCUGCGGCCCUCUCCGUGAUGGCCCCCGACGGCGACGAGCGGCGGCUGCUGCGGCGCGCAGGCCGCCACGAGCCGCCGCCGCCCCCGCUGGGCACGGGCCGCGUGCCGCUGCCGCUGCUGGGCACGGGCCGCGUGCCGCUGCCGCUGGUGGACACGCGCCCUGUGGAGCCGCCGCUCGCGCCGCCGAGCGGCCGGAAGGGGCUGCGGGCCAUCGCCGCCACGCGGUCCGCGCUGCUCGCGCCCGUGAAGCCCACGGCGCCGCUGGCGCCGCAAGCGUACCCGCGGCUGCUGGCGCCGCCAGUGGUGGCGGGUGGUGCGGCUGCGGCGUCUGCGCUCGCGGCUGAAGGUGAGUGCGAGGAGUCUGUGCUCUUGCCCGCCCUCGGCACGGCCGCGCCGAGGCGUUCCUCGGCCGCCACCUCGCUGAGCUCCACAGCGGAGGCCGCCGUGGAGAGGCUCCGCGCACUCUUCGAGGCGGACCUGGAGGAGCUGAGGCAGAGGUGCGAGAGCUGCCGUGGACGACCCCACACGCACGUGGCGACGCGGGUGCUCGAGCUGCUGAGCAGGUGGGCGAGCAUGCUGCCCCGGCACCAGGCCAUGCUGGAGGCGGUGUUGCAGCACGCCAGGCCCUGCGUCUUCGCCCUGGGUCCCCAGCGGGAGUACUGCGGAGGCGGAGGGGCCAGUACACCGCGCUCCACGCACAGCUCAAGUGCCAAUGCCGCGACGACCCCCGCCCCAGAGCCCCAACCGCUCGAGGGCGCGGCGCUCGAGGUCCGCCAGCGCUCCACGUGCAGCUCGCGCGCCAGUGCGGUGCCAGCCCCCGCCCGAGAGCCCCAACCGCUCGAGGACAGCGCCCUCGAGGUCUUUCAGGAGCCAGACCUCAGCGGGGCAGCCGCGCAAGGCGCCUGGCUACAACACCUGGACGUGGUCACGGUGCUGUCAAGACAACCGCGGAGCCUCGAGCAGACUUCCCUGCGCCGCUCGGGCAUAUGCGCCGAUGGCGUCGAGGCCCCGCUCGCGGCGGCGAAGGCGGCGCCAGCGCAGGUGGCGCCCGCGACGCCCGCGCCCGCGCACUUCACCGUGUGGCGCCAGCUGCGCUGGCACUUGGCAUCGCUGCGGGGUGACGCGCAGUCGUGCCAGAGCAUCGUCGACAGCAGCAAGCGGCACGGCAGCGCGGCGGCCACCGUGAUGAACAUCAUGCACGAGCAGAGGCUCUCGCUCGUGGGCGGGAAGGCGUUCGCCAUUUGGAGGUUGCUGGCCGCGGCCAGGACGACGAUGCACCGGCAGGCUCUCAGUGUUCGGGUACUGCCAGACGGCCAGAGUCCGCUCCGAAAAGCGUUCCUUGCGCUGCGGAUCGGGUCAGGGCAAGAGAAGCUGGACCGGCUGGACAGGAUGUGCAGGGAGCAGCACGAGCAAGCCGCGGGCCAGUUCGGGCACAAAAGGCGGUACGAGCGCGUCCACGAGGACCUCUCCGAGCACCUCCAGAGGUCCGAGGUCGCCGCAGCCUUCCAGGAGCGGUGCCUUCGGGACCAGUGCGCCCUGCGAGCCUCUCUUGCCGACAGGGUUGAGAGGGCGCAGCCGGACAGGCAUCGGCGCGCACUUGCCCAGGUGCUGCCUCGCUUCUUCCAGUCGCUGGUCCAGGUGGCCAGCGUCCACCGGGUGGCAUCUCUGGCCGCGCUCCGCACCCGCGAGCUGAUCGCGCUGGACGUGCACAGGGGCGAGACGCUGAAGGCGGUCGUCUCCCAGCCGUUCGAGAGGGUCCUGCUCCGGUGGGUGAAUCAGCUCCUCGACGAGGCGAAGUUCGCGGCCUCCGGGAUGCUCGAGAACUUCCUGUCGGACGGCAACACCAUGAGCCUGUGGUCGACGAGGGACGCGCCGCUGUUCAAGGAGAGGUGCCGGCUCGUCCGCGGCAUGCACACGCCGGUCAACAACUUCGGCAAGGACCUCUGCGGAGGCGUCGAGCUCGUCGCGGUGGCCGCCAUGAUGAUCGCCUACCGGCUCGGGCGCAGGUUCCUGGACCCCGUGCACCUGUGGCCGCUGGACCGGCGGGCCCCGGAGCUCCGGGCCGAGGGGGCCUACGCGCUGCUGCAGGGCCUGGCGCCCCACCGGGCCGCGCGGUGCCUGCUGCGGCCCCAGGACAUUGCGCAGGGGAGCGCGGGCGUCCUGAGGCAGUUCCUGGCGGUGGCGUUCCUGAACGACCCGCCGGGCCCGGCGAAGCUGCCUGGGCGGCUGGAGGACGAGGACGGCGAGGAGCUGGAGUCCGAGCCGGACGAAGAGCAGGCGGCCGGGGCAGAGGAGGCCAGCGAGGGCACGUCUCUGGACAGCGGGCCCGAGGACGAGGAGGAGGAGCUGGUGGGCCCGGGCAUGCUGAGCAUCGCGCAGCGGGAGGCCACGGAGGAGGGCGUGCAGGCCGCAGGCGCCGCCCACCAGGGCGACGAGGACGCGGCGACCACGCUGGCGAAGUCCCUGGAGCAGGCCGCCCGCGGGCUCGCGUACGAGCGCGUCGUGGACCUCUCGCCGCUCCUCGCCAGCGGCGAGACGGCCGAGGGGCUCCGCGAUGUGCCUCCCGAGGAGGUGCUGCUCCGCUGGCUCAACCACCAGGUGGGCCAAGGCGACCCCGCGCUCCCAGAGGCGGGGAACCUGGGGGAGGACCUCAGCGACGGGCGAUUGCUACUGGCGCUGCUGAGGAGGGUCGCGCCCGACGUGGCCCAGGGCGCCGACGCGGGGGAGGAGGAGCCGGACGGCGCCGCGGCCGUGGCGGGCCUCGCCGCGCGCUGCGGCGACGGCUGCCAGCUCCCGCAGGAGGCGCUGCGCUCGGGCCAGGAAGACCAGAUCACGGCGUUCGUCGCCAGCGUCUUCAGGGUGCGCCCCAACCUUAGCCCGGAGCCGACCUCGGCGCUCGCGCUGCACAUCAAGUAG